AUGGCAACUAAACGCAAAAUAAACACGUCAGGCACAGAUGACACAGAAGAACAAACUAGCAGUGAGGUCAAAACCAAAAGAGUAAAAGUUUCUUUAGAAAGUUCAUCAGGAUCAUUGACAACAGAAAACGUCGAGAAAAACAAUCAAUCUUCAGAUAAAAAGGCAGAUCUAAACGAAAAACAUGUUAAGGAGAAGGAAGAGAAUGUUGCCAGAAAGGAUGACCAUGGUACUAUGAUUCCUAUUACCAUCAACAUUGGUAGGAACGAAACCAGCACUUACAAAUAUGUUGACACGAAGGAUAAGUUUAUUGAAGUCAUGAAAGAGCUCCAGGAAAAGAUAAGAAAUAAGCAAAUGAUAGCUGUUGAUUGCGAAGGAGUAAAUUUGUCAAGAUUUGGAUCAGUAACACUGAUUAAUAUUGGCACUCGAGAUUUAGUCUAUCUAAUCGAUAUUUUGAAAAUAGGGGACAGCGUAUUCGAUGAUGGUCUCCGUUCUAUACUCGAGGACAGUGGAAUAGAAAAACUGAUGUUCGACUGCCGAGAAGAUGCCGAUGCUUUAUUACAUAUUCACAAAGUCAAACUUAAUGGAGUACUAGACGUUCAAAUACUAGAGGUGAACAAUCGAAUACAUGUAUACAGAAAUGGAUAUACUAAGAUCAGAAGCCUUAAGCACUGCCUAGAGGAAUAUGUAAAAGACGACACAUUAUUGAAUGCCAAGUUACAAGGACGAUCGAGUAUGAGUGUGUCGAGUAAUAUUUGGAAGGAAAGGCCACUAGACGAAAACAUGUUGAAAUAUGCAAGUGUUGAUAUUCUUGGUCUUUUCAAACUCUAUGAUGAACUUCGUACUAGAAUGGGUCAUAUCGUCUGGAAAGCAGCUUCCAGUCGAUAUUGUGACUCUACUCGUUCAAGAAACAGAACGCAACGUGAUGGUAGUGGAAUUUUACCAAAAGGCAUAAUAUUAUAA